AGUGUUUCUCUAACCCUGUUACACGGCGACCUACAUCAGCAAUUGAUUUUUCCUCAAAGAAGCUUGCGCCUGGUCGGUCAAGCGUGAGCGAUAAAUGUAUGAUGCGCGACACCUGAGUCUUUGCAUCGGGAGACACUCCAGCCUACAGUGUACCUGCCUCACGUUCUGAGACACCACACGUGAAGGAAGUACAGAAGCUGUGUACCUGUCUACUUGAUGAAUCUACAUUCACAAAAACACCUGGAGAAGUGAAUAGGCCUACCUGUAUAUAUGGAGAGAUAAAUGACACCAUCCAUCGUGACAACUCUUCAGACAGUUUGUAAUGGGCCUGCCGGUGAAAGGAGCUGUACGAAGGACGAGUGACGUACAAUAGAGACACCCAUGGUCGACAAGACGGGUGUAUGAAGAAUAACUUAAGCUGCAGUCAUUUACACGAGGUCUACCCUAAAUGGAUUGGCAGACUCGGGAUACUUGUGGAGGUGGUACGUGAAAGUGAUGUCAUCUUGAGCUGGCAAGUGUGUACAAGCCAGACAUCAGAUGUAAACUGUACAGGGUGAUUCAACUGUACCUCUAUGAAGGACAGGAGUGGUCUUGUAAUGAACUCUCAAGCAUCAGUGAACACGGCUGUUAUAUACAGAGAUUCUCAUAAAUAGGAUACAAUAUUGAUCUGAAAGUGUUACACUCCAUCAUCAUAGUACGGGUGAACAUUGUGUGAAAAAGUGUUGCAUACAGAAAUAUCAACACUCUCUUUAGUGUGAAGGAUUCAAUUCUGAUUGGUGUUUUACUGCCAGAUACUGGGAAUACAGGCACAGACCUAUACAUACAAGAUGGAUCCUUGGUGAGAGUGUUGUUGUGAAGGAUACAAUUCCGACUGGAAGUUAUACCAUAGAUACUAUAGCCCUGCUGGACACAAGGGAAUAUAGUCACUGUUCUACAUGCAAGAAGAGUUUUGGAUUUGCAAUAUCAGGGUGACAGCGUUGUAUAACAUGUGAUUGGAAGUUAUAUCAUAUAGUUAUAUACCAUAGCCUGCCAGACACACAGGAAUAGUCACUUUCUCCAUAGGAGAAGGUUUUACUUCAGCAAUAUCAGGAUGAGAGUUGUUUUACUUGUGGGAACAUAUCCUCCUACACUAUUGACAAAAUGUGUCACUUAGUCUCCACUUAACUCACACCAGACAGUUUGCCGUGAAUAUGAUGUUUAAACUUAGGGCUGUGGAGAGUCAGCAUUCAUGAACACAUUGACAGAUUUCCUGAUACAUAAAAGAUACAGAAAUAUACCCAUUGUAAGUCUGAAGUGUUGAAGGUCCCUAUUCAAUAAGAGCAAUGGUGUAAGGCUGUAUGACAGGGACAAGCUAUAAAAUCUGUUUGAACAGUGACCGUGUAGUGACAAUAAUAAGUGCUCAAGAACCCAUCCCUUAUAAAUCUUGAAGUUGUAAGAUAACUAUCUAUUAGGUGUUUCAGAUCCUUUAGAUAUUCCGCAGCAAGUGAGUCACAUCUUGGAGCAAGUACUUUUAUUCCCUAGCCAGAUACAGGUUUGCCAGAUAAGUUGAAAUAGUUUGAUGAUAUUAUUUCAUUAGAAGGUGAUGUGCUAGUCAAAUGUGUUGUUUCAUCUUUUACUGUACAAGAUCUUCAUCAAUUGGAAUACUGCGUGCGGGAAAGGAGUAAGACUAGACUGAGUCUAUCAAAGAUAAUAGACAAAAUAUUGGUGACACUGGGGAAGUUUGGAAAGAGUUUAGCAUCAUGAACGACCUCUCCACCAAAAAGCGUCAUGCCUACACCAAUGGCUAUGCUAACAAUCUUCAUCACACCAUCUCCCAUAAGCCUGUCACUGGCACCAAGUCUAUGGGUUUCACUCAUAGGAAGCAGGGACAGAAAUAUGCCACCACAAAGUCUCUCCCUCCGAAAAGUCGUCAGUCACCAUGGAUGUCGGUGAGUAGAAAUGGUGGGUCCGGCAAUAAUUCUACAUAUCGAGGACCUCAUGGGAGGUUGGUGCACUCCUCUACAGCCUUCCAUAAACAUCUUAAAGAGAAGAAGGAAAAGUCAAUUUCCUAUUUUGAUUUUGAACUGGAAAAAUCUGAGAAAUAUAUCCAUCGACCUGGAGAGGAACUCAAUGGAUCAAUUCAAAUGGAUAUUACCAAAAAUAUUGAGAUCCGUUUUCUAGAACUGGUUGUGGUAGGUCAGGGCUCUGUGACAAUUAGGAAAAAUAAAAAUGGUGUCCAAAAAACACAGAAAGAAACUUAUCUGUGCAAAAGAUCGUAUGUCAUUGGGACAUCCGAUGCAAGAUGGACGUCUGUGUUGACCCCUGGUCACUACGUAUCUACGUUCAAGGUCAAACUGCCAAAGAACCUCCCAAGUUCUCUCCACUUCCAUGACACAGCAAGUGGAUUUUCGGCUGACAUUGGCUACUACCUAAAAGCCCGACUCUGUGAUGACAUAGGCUCUUCCUCCACCAGAAGCAUAGUAUCUGUCAACAACGCUGUCAAAGUGCUCUUCUCCAAGAGACAGAUAUUCAAUGUUCAAAGAGCAUUUGAUGUUCAUUUGAUCCCAAAUGCUAUGACCCCUGUAGUUCACGAUGAGGAGGUGAUUCUAUCAUGUGGGCCAAACAGUGUAGCAAACUUUACACUAUCUCUAGACCGAGCUGUGUUUCUUGCUGGUGAUGACAUUCGACUUCAGAUUUCAUCCCAGAUUCCAUCAUCACAGAAGAUAAAAGACAUCACUUGCACUCUGCGGCAGCAUGUUAAUCUGAAGGAGAUCGGAGUGAAGGAAUGCUACAUCCUUGCUGAAAUCAGCAGAAACGCUCCCCAAGAAGAAACUUUGGAUGUCACCAUUCCAACACAAACUCAUCUUAUCUCAUCUUUUCUCACGGGCAGUAAGAAUCUAAAAGUCACGUACGCUCUUGAUGUUGACAUCAGAAUGAGACCUGCUGGAGGCAAGGUGUCCUUUUCAAUCCCUAUUGCGAUGGGUCCCUGCGCUGAGCCCAUCUAUGCUGAGAAGACAGCCUCCCGGAAAUUUGUACCUGUUUUCAAUCGACCAAUGAGGUUUCCUUGUUUCUCAGACUCACAAAAGAAGAGCCCUGCCCUUAUGGAAGAUCGCAUUUCUCGGAGCUCGCAGUCUAUCAAUGUGACGACAAAGUACAGCAACACCCCUUUAAGUCGGUGCUUCUUGUGUUGCUUCAUGGGAUCAGCAGUGGACUAGGUUCCAGCUCACCUUUAUCACCAAUGAUCACAAAGUGAAACCCCAAUUAGCUGGACCCCGUUAGUCUGGAAACCUCAUUUUCUGGAUAAUUACUGUUCUAAAUGUCUGAAAAUACACAAGGGACAAUAAACUGUAAUAAAGUCCAGAAAUCUUGAAUUUCACCGUGAAUGGUAAAUACCACCAACGGGAUUUACUAGGUGUGCUGGUUCCAGUUGUGGAUGACUUCAAGGUCUAGCAUGCUAUAGGAACAUUGAGAAAAUAAUCAACCAGCCGAUAGUGCUGGUGAGUCAAUAACAGACUGCAAGACUAACCAGCCUCUGAUGAUGGUGAGUGAAACUGUGUGGAAGGCACUGAUUGUCAGUCAGUGUCCAAGACUCAUGUGAGGGCAAUGGAUGUGUGAUAUCAGUGAUCAGAUAUACCUUUCAUGAGGAGAGCGUGUUCUUAUUGCCAGUUUUACCAUAGAUAACAAAUUUCUUUUAUACUAGGAUCAAGUCAGCUGAAUAUAUGUGUGUGAAACUGAAGACUGACUGCUCUUUGCAUACACGAUACAGGAACAAUAGCACUGUUGAUUGUCAUCAUGAACCAAAUUGAAAAGUUACACAGCUUAUUUUCAAAUAUAGACACUAUAUGGUUGUGUAUGAAACAAUUAUCUCCUGAAUUCUGUGUACUUGAAAACAUUAGCAGGGUAAACAAGACUUUUCAAAGCGGUACUGAUGGCACUGCCACAUGGUAAGUAACUGGGAUUGACCAGGCUUGAGAGGGAUCAUUGAGUGUGUUGUACUGAUACUACCAUAGUAAUAUCAUACCAAGGUCAUCCAGAAUGCCCUUCACAAGGAGAUUUGAACCUAGGUCUCAGUCCUAGCAAGCAACACCUCCUCCAGAGGGCCACCCAAUUACCCAGACUGGGAUCCAACUGACACUGAUACCCAGGGUUGAACGUGAAUCCUGCCAGACUGAUGCAGUGUCAGAACUAGGAGGUGUCCUGGAACCCUUGAGGUUUGCUCCUAUGUUAGUUGAAUCAAGGUACCCCCUAAAUGUUUAUCUUUUAACAUCAGGGCAAGCUAUGAAAAGGAUGCCUUGACUUUCAUACUUAAUUCUGAACACAGCUGAUGGGUUAUUCCAGUUUCAAAGUGUUGUUUUAAUGCUUCAGAAAUCACAAUAUGAAACAAGAAAUGAUAUCAAAAUAUAGGACAUUGUACAGUGAAUGAAGGAAUUGUGUCAUCUAUCCAAAACAUAACCAAUGUGAUAUAUGAAUGGUGCUUAUCGAGGCCAAAUAAGAAAUGUGGAGCAUCUCUGGUAACACAUUAUGUAAAUUGGAAAUAUAUUUUAUGCUAUGAAAAAGGGGAUAGAAAACAUUCUGGUGGGAGAUAGAUUAACAUACUUAUUGGUACUCUGUUUCAAUGGUCGUCUCACUCAGCUAUCGUGUGUACCCCAGCUGCAGUAUGAAACAAGUUACAGUCAAACCCCAUCGUCUCCAACCCCGUCGUCUCCAACCCCGUCGUCUCCAACCCCGUCGUCUCCAACCCCGUCGCCUCCAACCCCGUCGCCUCCAACCCCGUCCUCUCCAACCCCGUCCUCUCCAAACCCGUCCUCUCCAACCCAGUCGUCUCCAACCCCGUCAUCUCCAACCCUGUCGUCUCCAACUCCAGGGAGCCAGAGACUCCACCUUAUUACCUUCUGACCUACCCAUCAGAAACCAAGUGUACCACAUCGGGCAUGUUAUGUAAAUAACAUUCUAAAUUUAUUCAUUUUCUUCAUAUCAUGGAAUUAUCAAUUUGGAAUAUGAGUUAUCAGGGCAUGUAUUAACUUAUUUUUAACUUUUCGGACGAAAAAUUGAGUUUGUGAAUACCAGGGAUUUGACACAUCAAGUUCGACACAUUCAGUUUAAAAUAGUGAUAAAUAUCGUAAGAGUUUGACGGGACCAGACUGUAAGUCCAGUGAUUUGACACAUCCAGUUCGACAUAUUCAGGUUAAAAUAGUGAUAAAUAAAGUAAGAGUUUGACGGGACCAGACUGUAAGUCCAGUGAUUUGACACAUCCAGUUCGACAUAUUCAGGUUAAAAUAGUGAUAAAUAAAGUAAGAAUUUGACGGGACCAGACUGUAAGUCCAGUGAUUUGACACAUCCAGUUCGAUAUAUUCAGGUUAAAAUAGUGAUAAAUAAAGUAAGAGUUUGACGGGACCAGACUGUAAGUCCAGUGAUUUGACACAUCCAGUUCGACACAUUCAGGUUAAAAUAGUGAUAAAUAAAGUAAGAGUUUGACGGGACCAGACUGUAAGUCCAGUGAUUUGACACAUCAAGUUCGACAUAUUCAGGUUAAAAUAGUGAUAAAUAUCGUAAGAGUUUGACGGGACCAGACUGUAAGUCCAGUGAUUUGACACAUCCAGUUUGACAUAUUCAGGUUAAAAUAGUGAUAAAUAAAGUAAGAGUUUGACGGGACCAGACUGUAAGUCCAGUGAUUUGACACAUCAAGUUCGACAUAUUCAGGUUAAAAUAGUGAUAAAUAUCGUAAGAGUUUGACGGGACCAGACUGUAAGUCCAGUGAUUUGACACAUCCAGUUCGACAUAUUCAGGUUAAAAUAGUGAUAAAUAUCGUAAGAGUUUAACGGGACCAGACUGUAAGUCCAGUGAUUUGACACAUCCAGUUUGACAUAUUCAGGUUAAAAUAGUGAUAAAUAUCGUAAGAGUAUGACGGGACCAGACUGUAAGUCCAGUGGUGUGACACAUCAGAGUUUGAGACAGUUCAUGUUCAACAUUUCUUAUCUGGCCCAAUAGUUCUAGUAAUGCUGCACAUAGAUAUUGUAGUUUUGGUAAAACCAAAUGAUGUAUGUACAGAACUAAAUAUAUAUAUCAGAAUCUGAUCAUUCUGCACCACAGUAUACAAUACAACAUUCCUACACCUAUCAGGAUAAGACACGUCUUUUCAUGACAAUAAUUCACUUUUCAUAACUUUGUUCCUCUUCCUGAACAAAUUCUACACAAGGGAUAUAGCAGACACAAUUGUGCCUUAAAAAUUGCUAAUUGCUGCUUGCAAACAGAUGAAUAUAAUCUUUACUUUUUAUUAAAAGAUCUACAAACAAUGCUUAAAGUAUUUCUUGCCCUAGAUGCAUGAACACAUUAAUCAAGCCAGACUGUCCUUCAGAAAAAAAAAUCUACAAUGUAAAUGUCUUUGUAAGAACAACAGCUGCAUAUCUUCAGAUACACUGUUUUACAUAAUACAUGAAUAUAGGAAAGUUGAGGAUUCGUGUUUCACCAAUCUGUCUGGGACUUUACCAACAUGCCUCUUGUAAAUAAAGGACGGUGUUUGGGGAAAGGGUUGUACAACACAUUGCAAUUCAGUCUACACCUGAUGUCAUUCAUUAUGUUUACACAACAAAAGGACCAAUGUAAAGACUCUACAGCCAUUACAUGCAGCCUGACACAAAAUAUUCUACCACUUCAUCACGUCAUUUGUUAACAAUUUUCAUCCAUGAUCAUAUACACGGUUUAGAAAAGAAUAUAUUAUUGUACAUCUGAUUCAUACUAACAUAAAUGAAAGUAUGAGUUGAACAGUGUGAGAGGUAGUCCAUGUCCGUGAAUGUAAGUGUCUAGACUGUGUAGACCUUGUAGAGGCUAGACAGGUGUUCACUGGGUACAUGCAGGAACAAUAUCAAAUUCAUAUGCCCUACUUUCCUACCAUGUCAGAAAAACAUGUUAGCCAUGCUUCAAAUGUCGUACCUUUUAUGAUUAAAAAUUUUGCACAAAGGA